AGAAGAUUUACGUUAAAGGUGGUCAUGUGACUAACUUCUGUAAGCCAAAGGCGUUUGUUGUUAGCCAAUGUGUGAACUGUGAAAAUGGAGCCGUUUAGAAGGCUAGUGAACUGUUUUGUGUUUCUAUCUGCAGUAUGGGAUGUCGCCCAUUUGCAGAACGGUGGAAUGCUCUUCCCCCGAGAGUCGUCGUCGCGGGAGAUCAAAGAACUGAAUGGGCUGUGGGACUUCAGAGCCGACGUCUCCCACGACAGGAACUUGGGCUUUCAACAGGCAUGGUAUAAAAGUCGCCUUGCAGAGACCGGUCCAGUGAUUGACAUGCCAGUGCCUGCCAGCUACAACGACAUCACCCAGGAUCCACAGCUGAGGGAUUUCAUUGGCUGGGUGUGGUAUGAGAGAGAGGUGUUGGUACCCUCACGAUGGGUGUCUGAUGAGGGAACCAGAGUCGUGCUGAGGGUUGGGAGUGCACACUACUACUCAGUGGUUUGGGUGAAUGGACUCAAAAUGACAGAGCACGAGGGCGGCCAUCUUCCCUUCGAGGCUGAGAUCAGCGAUGUCCUCCGUAAGGACCCAGGUGGGGCCUGCAGGAUCACCAUAGCUGUCAACAACACCCUGACUCUCCAAACUCUGCCCCCAGGGACCAUUCAACAUAUGGACGACCCCACCAGGUAUCCUGCUAACUAUGUUGUACAAAGCACAAACUUUGACUUCUUCAACUAUGCUGGUUUGCAUCGUCCUGUUCUACUGUAUACCACUCCUACGGCGUAUGUUGAUGACAUCACAGUGCUGACAUCCUUUGCUGACAACAUUGGGCUCGUCAGUUACCAGGUGUCAGUGCUGGGCAGUCUCAACUCCACGCUGAAGGUGACCCUGUCGGACAAAGAUGGCCACUCUGUGGCCUCCUCCACUGGACCGUCUGGGGUCCUCAAAGUGAUGGACGUCAGCCUGUGGUGGCCAUAUCUAAUGCAUGAGAGCCCAGGUUAUUUGUAUUCUAUGGAGGUUCACAUGACGACAGCUAGCGAGGGUUCUGUCUGUGAGGAUGUUUAUGCUCUGCCUGUGGGAAUCCGCACGGUCCAGGUCACCAACACACAGUUUCUCAUCAACAGCAAACCCUUCUAUUUCCACGGAGUCAACAAACAUGAGGAUGCUGAUAUCAGAGGAAAGGGCCUGGACUGGCCCCUGAUUGUGAAGGAUUUUAACCUGUUGAAGUGGCUGGGGGCCAACUCGUUCAGGACCAGUCACUACCCGUACGCUGAGGAGAUCCUGCAGAUGGCAGACCGCCAUGGCAUUGUGGUCAUUGACGAGUGUCCCGGGGUGGGUAUCGCAGACAUCCGUAGUUUUGGGAACGCCUCACUGUCUCAUCACCUGGUGGUCAUGGACGAACUGGUGAGAAGGGACAAGAAUCACGCCUCCGUGGUCAUGUGGUCUGUAGCCAAUGAGCCGGCCGCUGAGAUGCCCCCUGCUGGAUUCUAUUUCAAGACACUGAUAGCUCAUACCAAAUCUCUGGAUGUCACUCGACCGGUCACGUUUAUCACCGCCAGUAACUUUGCCAGGGACAAGGGGGCUCCCUAUGUGGAUGUGAUAUGUGUGAACAGUUACUUCUCCUGGUACAGUGACCCAGGUCACCCGGAGGUCAUCCCCUACCAGCUCAACACCCAGUUUGAGAACUGGUACAGGAAGUACCAGAAACCCAUCAUCCAGAGUGAAUACGGAGCUGAUGUGGUUCCGGGAAUGCACACGGAUCCUCCCAUGAUGUUCACUGAGGAAUACCAGAAAAUCGUGUUAAAAAACUACCAUGACGUGUUCGACCAGAAGAGGAAGGAGUAUGUCAUUGGAGAACUCAUCUGGAACUUUGCUGACUUCAUGACGGCACAAACGGUGGCCCGUGUUGUGGGCAACAAGAAGGGAAUCUUCAGCCGGCAGAGGCAGCCCAAAGCUGGGGCCUUCCUCCUGAGGGAGAGGUACUGGAGGCUGGCCAAUGAGACGGGCCUGCUGCCCACCUGGUCCAGGUACCCCUGCUACCUGGCUACAUAUCCCUGACACACCUGGGUCGUAUUCAUUAGCGCAGAACCCUGCACAUUAUAACAAAACAUUUCUAAACGCUUUGCAACCCAAAAACAAAUAAUUUCUUAUUUGAUGAGUCCAGGUAGUCCUCUGUUUUUUUCCGUGUUGUGUCUUAACACCAACCUGUAUGACGCAGACUGCGUGACGACUAGAACACACAAUUACCAGAAACAACGGGAUCAAUGGCUGCGUUUACACAAAAGCAGCUCAAUUCUGAUAUUUGUUUCACUAAUUGGUCAAACGACCAGAUCUGAUUUAGUGGAAGAAUGAUCAGAAUUGGUGUGCCUGUGGAAACGCACCUAUUCCUGUGCGUCCCUCUUCGCUGACGCCUGGCAGAUCUUACAACGCCUGGGGGUAGCUAUUUUACCUAUCCGCUUAACCACGUAUGUUAUAGCAAUGUCAAUAGGUGGAUUUGAUUAUGCGGAGCUGCAGGUCAACGGUCUAUGGCGCGUGACGUGAACGAUCAAAAUCAGUAAGAAGGAGUGUCGUCCUCAAAUCAAAUCAGUAAGGAGGAGUGUCCUUCUCAAAUCAAAUCAGUAAGGAGGAGUGUCCUUCUCAAAUCAAAUCAGUAAGAAGGAGUGUCCUUCUCAAAUCAAAUCAGUAAGAAGGAGUGUCCUUCUCAAAUCAAAUCAGUAAGAAGGAGUGUCCUUCUCAAAUCAAAUCAGUAAGGAGGAGUGUCCUUCUCAAAUCAAAUCAGUAAGGAGGAGUGUCCUUCUCAAAUCAAAUCAGUAAGGAGGAGUGUCCUUCUCAAAUCAAAUCAGUAAGAAGGAGUGUCCUUCUCAAAUCAAAUCAGUAAGAAGGAGUGUCCUUCUCAAAUCAAAUCAGUAAGAAGGAGUGUCCUUCUCAAAUCAAAUCAGUAAGGAGGAGUGUCCUUCUCAAAUCAAAUCAGUAAGGAGGAGUGUCCUUCUCAAAUCAAAUCAGUAAGGAGGAGUGUCCUUCUCAAAUCAAAUCAGUAAGAAGGAGUGUCCUUCUCAAAUCAAAUCAGUAAGGAGUGUCCUUCUCAAAUCAAAUCAGUAAGAAGGAGUGUCCUUCUCAAAUCAAAUCAGUAAGGAGGAGUGUCCUUCUCAAAUCAAAUCAGUAAGAAGGAGUGUCCUUCUCAAAUCAAAUCAGUAAGAAGGAGUGUCCUUCUCAAAUCAAAUCAGUAAGAAGGAGUGUCCUUCUCAAAUCAAAUCAGUAAGGAGGAGUGUCCUUCUCAAAUCAAAUCAGUAAGGAGGAGUGUUCUUCUCAAAUCAAAUCAGUAAGGAGGAGUGUCCUUCUCAAAUCAAAUCAGUAAGAAGGAGUGUCCUUCUCAAAUCAAAUCAGUAAGAAGGAGUGUCCUUCUCAAAUCAAAUCAGUAAGAAGGAGUGUCCUUCUCAAAUCAAAUCAGUAAGGAGGAGUGUCCUUCUCAAAUCAAAUCAGUAAGGAGGAGUGUCCUUCUCAAAUCAAAUCAGUAAGGAGGAGUGUCCUUCUCAAAUCAAAUCAGUAAGGAGGAGUGUCCUUCUCAAAUCAAAUCAGUAAGGAGGAGUGUCCUUCUCAAAUCAAAUCAGUAAGGAGUGUCCUUCUCAAAUCAAAUCAGUAAGGAGGAGUGUCCUUCUCAAAUCAAAUCAGUAAGAAGGAGUGUCCUUCUCAAAUCAAAUCAGUAAGAAGGAGUGUCCUUCUCAAAUCAAAUCAGUAAGAAGGAGUGUCCUUCUCAAAUCAGUAAGAAGGAGUGUCCUUCUCAAAUCAAAUCAGUAAGAAGGAGUGUCCUUCUCAAAUCAAACGGUCAUCUGCGCUGUUCGGUCAUGUUAACUUUUCAUUCGGAAGGCAGAUCGUUUAUUUUUUUUAAAAUCAAAAGCAAUCACUUUUGCAUGUGAAAACACAGAAUUCCUACUCAUUACUCCCAUGUCUUUAAUCUUUAACCUGUUCCAAAACAAAUGCAAUCAACACGCCUACCCGGGCCAGAUGAAUCAAAUGCCCUCAUUUGAGACAGUCGAUGACUUGGUACACAACCAUUGGUUACCACCUCUGUCUUGCCUCUUUUUUUUUUUUGUAAUUCAGGGGAUCAACCAGUUAUAUACAUGAAUGUGAAUCAUGAUGCUUUUCAGUGUAAAUAAAUGGGAAUGUGAUGUAUGAAAGAAAGAA